AUGCAGAAGACGAAAAAAGUGACACUUGGCGACGGAAGUACUGUCUGCGUUAAUGAUCAUGUUUACCUGACACCGAAAAAUGCAGGAGAGCAGUAUCGAAUUGGCAGAGUAAUGGAGUUCUGCGCCUCUCACAAGCAUCAAGGACAGGGUGUUCGAAUUGCGUGGUACAUUCGAUUCAAGGACAUCAACAACCGCAAGUCUUUAGAUCAUCGUCUUUUAGUAGCUACUAUGCAUUCAGACAUCAAUCCAGUGACAGAUAUCCAAGGCAAGUGUACUGUUCUUCAUCAACACUACAUUCAGGAUAUCGCAAGCUACAAGAGACAAGAAAAUCACUAUCACUAUCGCCAAAUGUACAACCGUGAUCUUGAUCGCUUCUACGAUCUCGUUCUUUGCGACACCAUUCAGCAAAUACCUUUGGACAUUCUACAAGCUCUCAAGGAAAGUUAUCAAUUUGUUGCAGUAACUCGAGAAACGGCUGCGCGUUUGGUGCCUACUAAAGGAAAGUCUUGCAACGUCUAUAAUAGAGUAUCCUCUAGUGCUGCUGUCUCUGUGCCAUGUGUCGCUUGUGCAAAUAGCUGUCACUUGACUUGCUUGAAUACUCCUUCAGCUCGCAAACCAUCUAAAGGCUAUACCUGGAAGUGUGUUCUCUGCUCUCGUAAGGUCCUACCUUCAGCCGAGUCAUGCUCUGCAAGCUCUUCCAGUUGUGGUGGCUUUUGUUCAAGUUCCUCCUCCGAAAGCUUAUCUGACCUGCAACGCCCUAGAUCUUUGCGCGCUACUCCAUCUCGUGUGAAGCAAUUCCAAAAGAGAGGAGCUUCUGUAAUCAGUCAGAAUGUGUCCAGCGUGGAUAUUGCGAGCAAUAAGAAGGAUGCACAAGCAGCACCACCACCAAUGCGUAUGCUCAACAUGUGGCCGUUUCGCUAUUUUGAUGAUAAAACAACUGCCUCUGAUAUCCUGGAUGUCAAUGAUAAUAUCUUUCCCCGUGCAAAUCCCCUUAUUGGAGCACAAUAUCAGGCCCAAGUGCCUGACUUUAUACCAUCCCCUCAACAUGUUCGUCAUUCAGGAUCCACGCCAUCAUUAACACCCUUGGUUACUGAAGAAUCAAUUGAUUCAGCUCUCAUUGCCUCAGAGGUACUGUCGCCAUUCUCAUCCCAUGAGCAGAGUGAAAUGCGACAUUCAAGCGCCAUGCAGGAUAACGCGAUACUGGAAAGAGAAGCAAGAGAGGAUCUUGAGGCCAUUCUUCAAAGCCAAGCACCAAGCAAAGACCACAAUUAUCAAGAGUCUAUGGCAGCUCAAAUACUGUUGUCCAUGUCAAAUAACGCAGACGAUAAACGCGUGUUCCCUGCAAGAGGAACUGACGAGACUGUAAGCGUGAUUUACAGACCUGGUAGACUGGAAGAAGUUGCUGUGGAUGAAUACAUGGAUCGAGUCAAGCAAUUGGACAACAUCCCUCUUGCAUCGCACAAUUCUGAUUUGCUAGACAGAGCUCUGCAAGAAUUGGAGGCGAGCAACUAUGACACGGAGACGGCAUACGAGAACAUGGCAAAACUGAACGGUGACGAUUUCAAGAAUAGUGUGGAUUGGACGCCUACGGAGAUUGAAGAAUUUGAGCAAAGCAUCCGCAAACAUGGCCACGAUCUCAACUACGUGAAGGCUUCUGUCAGAACAAAAGGCAUGGCUGAUAUCGUGCGCUACUUUUACCAAUGGAAGAAGACAGAUAGAUACAAGCAAGUGUAUUCAGAGUGGACAAAGGUGCACAAACCACGCAAAAGAUUUCAGGAUGAAGACGGUGAGGAUUUGGAGAGCGAAAAUGACCCCACCAUUGUACCAGCAUCAGUGUGCACCACAAAACCUUAUCAGUGCUCAAAUUGUCUGACAAAGCACUCUAGCAUUUGGAGAAGAUCGGCAUCAAAUUUUAACGAGAAAAAGAGGGCUUUUAGCAACGUGUUGUGUGACGAAUGUGGUAUCUACUGGCUCAAGCAUGCAGAGAACAAGCCCACCUCGUCAGGAACAAGAAGUGCCAACAGUGCCGCGCGACCAAGUACCAGCGGUGACAUCAACACCAGCACCAACACAGCAACAUAUAGUGGAGGCAGCAAACGUAAAGAAAGAGACUCGCCUGUCAUUGAUAAUGCCAGAAAAAGACAACGAAGAUAUUCAGAUAUCCCACUAUACGCUUUGCCUGCACCUAUUCCAAGUCAACCGGCCACUGUUAUUAUUGAAGCACCAACAACGCUGCUAUCACGCGAUAGCUCUGGUGGAUCUAGCUUAAGAGCCGCCCGGUCACCAUUAAUUUCCGUUCCCUCAUCAUCUACAGCAUCCUCACCCAAAGCAUCUCAAUCUUGUAGUCAGUGCCCUGCCAAAUAUUCGCCAAUAUGGUGGAAGGUCAGUUCGAGCCCCUAUUCCCGCCUACGGCAAUGCCAACGUUGCCAUCACAAAAGCAAGUGA